CAGAACUCUUGGGCUGAUCUGGGAGUGAUGGAUGAACUCGCGGUGGUGUCGAUACCACCAAAAAAGGACGCGCGAACUGAGCAGAGCGUCAAGAUAUGCCUGAAGCUGUUCCAGAUGGCAUUAGGAGGAGGCGAUGCAGGAAGUGGUACUUGCCACGACCUAGGUGGUAGAUGCAAGUCAUAAAAUGCAGGGAAUACGGAUUACGAUUAGCAUUAUCAGCUAAAAGUCAUCAUGUCCUCGUCUCACACCCACUAGAUGGACGAUGAUGGUACUCGUAGGUACAUAGAUCAUUGCCGACCACCAUCAACACUCAUACACAGGCACCACGCCGACCCAGAUCGGCGAAAGUCAGUUGAUCUUGUCUUCUGACGUUGGAGUAGUCGCUUCGAGUCUGUGGGGUGGUUUUGUUCAUCCCAAGACUAGAGAAACCACCGCAAAGUUCCUCCUCAGCUACCAACUCGCCUUGCCCGCCCUUGAGGUCGAUUUACGGAACACAGCUGGUUACUCGAUGUUGCAGAUGAUGCCGAUGUCCGAUCCGAAAGUAGCUGACUCGCUGAAGAACUUUCAGCAGAUAUCUGCGACUACUGCAACUGCAAGGCCACCAAUUGCUUCGAUGUUAGUCAAUCCAGUACGUGUCCCAACUGGUCUAGUUUUUUCCACUUACGACAUCAAUGGUCCUGUUUCGGGACAGCAAAAGUGGUCAUGGACUGUGGGUCAUGGACCACCUUUGACCAUGAACGCAAAAAGGCUAAGACCGCCUUUGGAAAACGCCAUUGAGGUGAUCACGCACAUGGUUGAAGAAGCAAAAGGAAAUGGAGGAGUGCCGAUGCCAGUAGCGACGCCAGGGAUGGGAGGAAUUAUGGCCAGGAGAGUAACUGUAAGUAUAUUCAUUUGAUUUGAUCCCCCUUCUCUAUCUCCUUAACGACCGUUCAUCUGGCACUUAUCUCACGCUUAUUAACCGUUUGAUUUCAUUCAUGUCUGCUUUGAUUUUUUUUUGAAAUUUGACUGCUCUAAUUCUAUGGCAGCGGCUGGAAAUUUUGUGACCAAGAUCCAGGACGCUUACAAACGUGCAUUGAUGGCAGCCGGUGCAGCUGCUGGAGCGACGAUGGGUGCGAGCGCACCUACGAACACCAUGACAUCCGGCGCAACCGCUGUUGGUGGUGCUGCAACAUCCGCCACGGCAGCUACAGCCGGUUUAGCAUCCUCUUCAUCAGCGGCAGUAGGAGCACCUGGAACUAAUCCAGCAGCGGCCUCAAAUGG